CAUUUUUUAAACUGGUAUUCCAAUCAAAAAUCAUCUAACACAAUGUUCGACGGAUUGAGUAAAAAUCCCCAAUGACGCAAGCUUAACGUAAGCAUUUGGUCUCGAAUACAACAGAUGGCGCCAUUGCUAAUUCAUGAAUGGCAAUAUCCUGAAUGGCUGAAAUGUCAUUCAAGAAAUAACCUAUCACGAGGAGAAACGUUUAGGUUUCAGACGCUUGCCUGCAUCGAUUUGCAACCCUUUGCCUUGAGCACACAGCACGGAUUAAUGCCCGGUAAAUGGAUAAAGAGAAGAUGCCCGAAGUGUAAGUGGUUCUGUAUGUAUAUUCUGCGGUUUCCGUGGUUUCAACAUGAAUUUUGGUUGUGCACUUCGGGCGGUAGGUGGCAAACGAAUUCAACAAAUAACAGCGGGUCUGUUGCUGGAAGCAAUUUGCAGAACGAUUCCAAGGUGAUCGUAGCAUCAACGUCCAACCCUAAUUCUUCAGCAACCGCAGCAGUCACUGGUGCAACCGUUGUGACUUCACCAUCUAGCACUCCCACCCAAGCCACCUACUAUCUUAUAUACCACAAUGGAUUUCAACUAAGUAUUCCACCGAAUACAGUGCCACCACCAUUUACACCUGCGCAUUUUACCAGUACGACCAACUCUGGCACAUCCCCUUCGUCGGGACAAGUUACGCAGUCUGCAAUUGGCGGAGCUUAUAGUUUGCUUGCGAACACAUCAAUAACUGCUGUGUUGUUCUUGUACCUACAGCGGCAGGAAAUGCUUAAACAGCAACAACAACGAAGAAGGCGGCAACGAAUAAGUGAUGGGGUGAGUGCGUUUGAGGUAUCUGAAUAAAAUUAAGGACAGGAUUGCAGUGGAGCGCUGAAGAGAGCGACGAGCAAAACGUACUUUCAACUAAAAUGCUAAUAUACAUACCUAAGCACACAUGCAU